GUUGACGCUACUACAGGCCUUUCGGUUCGGCAAUAUCGUUUCAGACGCUUAAUAUGAGCCUUUAAGUUUCAUUAAAAGCUUCUGAAUUAUACACUUUAGCCAUAUAUGUCACAAUAAGGGUUCCUUUUUAAACGAAAAUCAUUUUACAUCGUAAAACAACCGAGCUAUUUUACCGCAAGCUAACCCGACAGCUUGUGCCCAGCCGUGCCCAAAGCCUCUUUCUAAUGAUGCUAAAGGGAUACAUCUAGGAUAACCGGAUUCCCUGAAACCCUGGUAAGAUGCAUUCGCUUGCUCAGGAGAUCCAAGGCUUCACCAAGAACCGUCUGAAGAAACAGUGCACGCAUGUUACCACGGUAACAGGCAGGAAGCUGCUGGAGAGGAGGAGUGAUGGAGGCGAAGGAGAGGUGCAGGUGGAAGAGCUGGAAGAGGGAGGUGGAUUUGGAUUUGUAGAAGACAAAAGUUUGGACCUUCAAGUUGGUGUCGUUAAACCCUUCCUACUACUAGCCUCUCAGGAUGCAGCCCACGACAUUGACACCCUGCGGAGACAUAAGGUCUCCCAUGUGCUAAAUGUGGCCUACGGCGUCAAUAACCUGUUCCAUGACCAACUGGUUUAUAAGACGGUUGAGAUCCUGGACCUCCCAGAGACAGACAUCACUUCAUAUUUUGGGGAGUGUAGCUCCUUUAUUGAUCAAGCACGAGAACAGGAUGGUGUAGUGCUGGUCCACUGUAAUGCAGGGGUGUCACGCUCUUCCUCAAUUGUGAUUGGCUACCUCAUGUUGAGGGAGGGACUGAUGUUUGAUGCUGCAUACAGCCAGGUGAAGCUAGCAAGGCCAUCGAUCCGUCCAAACCCUGGCUUCUAUGAGCAACUAAAGAACUACAAACCAUGAAAAUACAAAUUUUCAUUGCUAUUUUACUUUUUUUUUUGUUUUUUGUUUUUUUUUCCACUUGAAGGCAGCUCUGGUAUCUUAUCGGGGUCUGAGUUCAUAUUACAGUCUGCUACAUAUUUAUGCAUUACACAGAUAUAAAGUUCAAUGUCUUAAAGCUUUGGGUUUUUGGAAUAUUUUUGGAGUACUUUUGUGCUUUCAUACAACAAAUGGGAACAUUGGUAAAGUCUGAAACUGGGGACAGGGAAAAUGGAGAAUGACAUGUGGGAAUGGAUCCCUACAGGCCAGAUUUGAAGCCAGGCUACAUGCUUUGAUGACAACAGUCAAUGAAAAGGGUGUGCAGACAUGACCACCAACACCCAUUUUAAGCUUUUUUUGUUUUCUAUCAUCUCCAAAUCAAUCACAUUUCAAAUACUUUUGGGCUCUUUUGUUACUCAGCUAUGAACUCGCUUUGGUCACUAACUCUUCUAUCUCCCUUUUGGUUCUGAAUCGGCAUAAUUUAGUGGACUUUUAGAGAUUUUGCACUGAAAAUCGCCACAUGGUGCUCCAAAAAAGGGAUUUUUUGAGGGAAAGCUUUUGUGAAAACAAAAGUUUCAGCCCCAUAAAACUAAACACUGAAGGCUGAGAGAAACAGCACAGAUGGUGAUAACUGUGUUAGAUCUACUCUUCAUCAUUAAAGUUGUUCCUUUUUGUAAUUUUAUAAAACUCAUUUACUGGUGCCAUUUAAAAAGAGUUAAAAUUUCUGUUUGAGAAGCCAUGAAAAGCGACGACUUCCACAGUUCAAGUGUUGACCACACGAUUAACAGGUCAGAGUGUGAGAAACAUUUUAAAGUACAAGACCUAACUAACUUUUUUUAUAAUAUCUGGCCAGAAACUUGCUCUUUGUUUUUUUCAAGAACUUUAUCAUUACAGCUUUAUGAAAAUGUCUUCAACAUUAAUUGAAACUUUUUGUUUUCAAAGCUGUCAUCUGCACCAUCUGGCCUUCCAUAAUGAGCCGUCAUAUUGUUUAGUUGUGUUCAAGUAAAUCCAGCAGGGUUUUAUAUAAAUUUGAUAAAUACACUAUAUGGACAAAUGUAUUUGGCCACAGCUGUUAAUUAUUGAAUUCAGGUGUUUCAAUCAGACUUGUUGCCAUGAAAUCAAACACCAAGCCAUGUAGUCUCCAUUUGCAGACAUUUGCAAUACAAAUUGGGAUGUUGUGAAGAGCUCAGUGAUUUCAAGUGGGGCACUGCUGGAUAUUUCACAGUCAACUGUAAUUAAUAUUAUGAGAAACUGGAAGUGUUUAGGAACAACAGCAACUCAGCCACAAAGUGGAAGACCGCGUAAAAUCCUUAGAGUGGAGUCAACGACUGCUAAGGUGCAUGGUACAUAAAAGUUUCCAACACACUGCUUAUUCCAUAGCUGAAGAUUUCUGAACUUGGCACCUGGCAUUAAUGUAAGCACAAAAAUUGCAGUGGGAGCUUCAUGGAAUGGAUUUCCACACUGAUACUGGACAGUGAAACCGUGUUCUGUGGAUUGACAAAUCCCACUUCUCUGCUUGGCAGUCAGACGGAUGAGUCUGGGUUUGGGAGAUGCUGAGACCGUUACCUGCCUGACUGCAUUGUGCCAACUUGGAAGUAUGGUGGAGGAGGGAUAUUAGUAUGGGGCUGUUUUCCAGGGUUCUCUAGUGGAGGGCAAUCUCAAUGCUUCAGCACCCCAUAGACAUUUUGGACAAUGCUAACAGUUUGGAGAAGGCCCUUUUCUACUUCAACAUGACUGUGCCCCAGUGCACAAAAUAAGGACUAUAAAGACAUGAUUUGAUGAGUUUGGUGUUGAAGACCUCGACUGCCCCGCACAGAGCCCUGACCUCAACUCCAUUGAGCACCUUUGGGCUGAACAGGAACAGAGAUUGUGAGCCAGGUCUUCUCGUCAAAAAUCAGGGCCUGACCUCAUAAAUACCUUACAGAAUGAAUGGGCACAAACUCCCACAGAAACACUCCAAAAUCUUGUGGAAAGCUUUUCAAGAAGAGUGGAGGCUGUUAAAGCUGCAAAAGUGGGCAACACCAUAUUAAAAUAUAUGUAUUUGAAUAAAUUGUCAUUAUAGUCCCUGUUGGUGUCUUUGGCAGGUAGCUGAAUACUGUAGUCCAUAUAGUGUAGUUUUUGUUCCUGUGUGCCAUAUAUCCUCUGUUUUUAUUCUCUCUUAAAAAAUACAAGUACUGGGUGAAAACGUGUGCCUGCCUCUUCUUCCACAGCAGUAAAAUCCUUACAUUAGAAUCUCAUUUGUCACAUUUGAAUACUCUUUCUUUUUUCUGUGGUUUCUAAUUAAAGACAUGCAAGUUUCUUUGGGUACAACUUGAUUUUUACUUCUAUCUCCAAUAAACCUAUACACCCAUCAGUUAUAAUGAUUUCUCCCUCUGCUGCGUUACCUCUAUCAAUCUAACAACUUAGCAAAGCUGAUGAGCUAACCUCGCUCCCUUGAAAUAAUUAGCUUGUAAUUAGCUUGUUAGAUAAUGAGGGAAAAUCCAGUCUGCUCACAUGUUAAUCAGCACACUC